AAUUCCAUUUGGCCGCCGCUGCCAAGCUGAGUGGUUUUCCUGAAGCCGUCUGUUUGCUCGAAGAUUCGUCCAGUUUUAAUAGUGGUUGCUUUUUUUUCACGAUUCAAUUGCAUAGUCUAUAAAUGAGUAAACGCGACUGACUUCCAAUAGGCUGAAUUAGAAACGUGUAAGAGCUUGUAAUUUCUAGGCUCAAGAGUUCUAUUUAACUUCCGAAAAAGGUCCACCGCCGAACUACGAGAAUGUUGGUGACUUCGCUAUGCUGCUGCCUGGUGGUUCUGGGUUUGGCGACGCCGGGAGCCCGGGCAACGUUUGGUGACAACAUGGACCAUGGAAGAGACGACCUCUUUGAGAAGAUGGGGAAAGCCACGGUCGACGUGUUUGACAUCGUAGACGGUCAAGUACAGCUGGAUGUAGCAUUAGAAGACACCAUCGGACAAGAUGAAGUCUGGAUCCUUGACUUCCAGCCCUUCCAACACAACAAUAAAUCUAAUCGACCAGUCAUUCAGGAAAAUGGAGGCAGCUUGGUGGCCGAGAAUACAGGAACCUGUUCAAAUGUCUUUACCACUCUGCCAUUUGAUUCGAGUACAGGUUUCUACAAAGAUUCCUACACCCCCAACUAUCCAGGAACCAAAUCAUUGUUCUCUUACUACGAGACAGGGUCUGAAAUCAUUCAACAAGGCGACAUGAGAAUACGAGAGGAUCACAUCACUUUCAUGGGUUCAAUGGAUACCCUGUUCAACUGUAAAGACAGCGACGAAGAAACAGUGUGGGAGAAAGAGGUGACUGCUGAUGCCAUUCAGUUCAAUGCGACACUGUACAUGACCAAUGUACGGCCGCAGGGAAGUGGAACCAAUCCGGAACCAGCCUAUGUUCAGAGCUUCGCUAUACUGUACUGGAGGUUGCUCAGAGUCGCACUUUCACGAUUUCUAGUUAGUUCUACUGAGCGGUUACAGCCAAUCUUUGAGUUCGCUAUUGUCGAGGCUGUGUAUCUAAAUGAUGAUGAGGAAUAUGGGUUUGACAGGUCCAGAGCCGAGGUGCAGAUUGCCUUCCGCACCGUAACGGACAACACAAACGGCGAGCUGAUCUCUGUCUACAAGAUCAAUACUCUGAUGUAUGAUCCAGCUGAUAGUGUUAUAAGUGAGAUCAGCCACGUCAAGAGAACUCCCAGCAGUGGAUGCGACAAGCCGCUUGGUGUUGAAGACAGUAACAUCAUCGGCGAUGGUUUAAUAACGGCAUCUUCCUAUUGGUUGGAAGGUAAUAGUCUGGAGUACAGCCCCGAUAAAGGUAGAUUGAACGCCAAGGCUGUCGAGACCAUCAGCGCUGGAAUGUGGAUGGCUGGUUCAACCGUCGACCAAUGGAUACAGGUCGACCUCCCAUCGGAUAAUCUGUGGGUGUCCGGAGUCAUGACCCAAGGGUUUGGAAACGAGAACAUCAACAUGUGGGUUAGAGAGUUUUAUGUCGGCUACCAAGUUGGCGUUGACACUUUUAACCCUGUUCUGAAUUAUGAAGGAGCUACACAUACAUUCACCGGGAACUACGACAGUCAUACUAUUGUGACCAAUUACUUAGAUGCACCCGUUUCCACGGAUGCGAUCCGUAUAUACCCAACGGAUUUCGAGAACAACAUGGCUCUACGAUUUGAGUUGUUAGUAUGCGAAGGUCACCCCGAGUGUUUUACCGAUGCCAAUGGGACGGAUUAUCGUGGCACAGUGCACCAAACGGUGUCCGGGACGACUUGUCAGAGAUGGUCAAGUCAGGAACCACACAUGCAUUCCUUUAGUUCAGAGAACGACCGAGACAACGGAAUCGCCGAUCACAACUUCUGCAGAAACCCCGACGGCCAAACCCAACCCUGGUGCUACACCCUCGAUCCCCUGUCACCGAUGGAGUUUUGCGAUGUGGGAGCAGCGGCCAGUUCCUGUGCACCAAUAACUGCACCCGACGCAGACCCCGAGCUUUACGUCACCUAUUACGCACCGUACUGCAACUUCACUGAGUGGGAGCAAUCCUGCACACAGAGCUGGUUAUUUGUGGUGGUUCUAGAAGUGGACACUACAGCUGCAGUUAACAGAAUGCCAAUAGAUGCUACAGGGGAGUUCACAUUUGAGUUUGAGACGUACACCUGUCCUAACAAUGACCGCUCUGCGUGCACCAAAGUAGAUGUCCCUAAUGCUAUCAUAUCCCACGAGAUCACUCUACAAACAACCGUGGAGAUUGUUGACGAUGUUAAAGACAGCCCAAGGAUUUACUUGAAGAAAGUGCAUGGGGAAGAUCCAACAGUAGAUAUUCGAGAUGGGUACCGACCUGGCGUCUCUCAUCUUGAAACGGUGACCGUUGAUACCCAUUUCUUCCCAGAGUUUCUGAGGAGCAACCUGCAGCUAGAGUUGACCCUGUUCAUGGUGUGCAUCGGCCGAGAGUUCAGAGAUACACCGGAUGGCUGCCUUGGAGCUCCAGUUGAACAGUCCUACACAGCUUACGUCUCCCCCGAGUUUCUGUACCGUUUGAGCACCGACAAUAGCCUACUCACUCCCGACAGCAUUGCCACAUCCUCACAGUCCCUCGAGGCACACGACUACAUCCACAGCGAAGAAAUCCAUCGCUCGCUCUUCGUCAACAAGGCUCUCUCCGCCAUGUCCAGGGAGUACACCAUAACGAACGUCUUCAGGCUGGUAGAGCGGACCGACCGAACAAAGAGGGACAUCCAACGACGCGAUGUCAAGGAGAAGAUUAAUGACCCCAUCGCCGUGCAUCAGGCCAUUUAUUUCAAGGGAUGCCCGCCGAACUCCACUCACGUUGCCAAGGUCUACGCCUGCGUCUGCGACAACAAGGGAGAGAUGUAUUCCGAGACUAAUUUCAAGUGCGAGAGAUCUACCAAAGGGAUCGUGUACGAGGAGGGUGUACCCUCGGAUGAUGCCGAGAAUCCUCAAGAUGGCGGAGAUUCCAAGGAGGAAGAAGAAAAGGAAGGGAGUGGUUCUACGGCCGUUUCAUCCACUACUAGUCUGUUUGUUGGUCUCACCAUACUUCUAGCUUUAGCUUUGUAAAUGGCUCUCCUCCAUUCAAACAAACAAAUCAGACAGAAACAACUAAAAUCCCACCUUAGGUCCCACAGUCUGCGUGUUGGUCUCUCCAUCCUUCUAGCUUUGACAUUGUGCAUCGCUCUCAAUCCGUUGAACCAAAUAGA